GUCCCCAUCCUGAAUGCUAAAAUCCAUUUUGGGAAGGAGGAAAAAUAAGAAACCUUCUUGUUUACUUGCGUUUCUCUCUCUCUCUCUCUCUCUCUCUUUCCCCCCUUCUUUUCUCAGCCAACGUUUGAUGCAGGAAAGAGCAAGAGGCUUGAAAUGUGUUCUUAAGGGCCAGAAGCUGUCAAGGCGUUUGGCCGGGAAGAUUGAUCGCGCGCAGGCUUCAGCCGAGCUUUGUUUGGAGUAAAAGCAAGAAAAUUAAACCCCCCUACUCCUCCAACAGCAUGUAUAUUUGUAAGGCAUCUUUCCUCCCACACCCCUCCCCAGCUCUUAAAGAAGUAUUAAAUAACUGCCACCCAUCUACAUUUUAGGUUACAACUAUUGCAAGAUCCCAGCCCCUCCCCCACCUCUGAUCCGUAUUGGGGGGUGUUAUUUGCUUAAAACUACCGUGAUGGGUGCCCCCCCUUUUUUUGCUCUGUUUCACUCAAGCUAGUGGUGUGACGACCAGUUUAUUAUUUCAGCCACUUGCCAGUCGUUCUCACGGUUCCUCUCGGCAGUCUAAAUAGGCUCAAAGGUAACGGAUGCACUUUUGGCUCCAUCGGAAUACACAAAUAUCACAAUAGAGCGAACCCGUUUUCUCUUCCCAAAUAAUAGGAUGCCCGGCCCCUGCCUGGGAGAAGAGGCAACGUUGUCUGGUUUCCAUCGGCUUCUUACGAUUCUCCUAACUCCUGGUUCUCCCCCACCCCUUUACCUUUUUUUCUCCCUUGGCACGACUGAAAAGGUAUCCUGCCCCAAACCACUGGCAGGUUGACUUAGCAAAUGGGGAGUGGGGGUGGGGGAAUCGUGUGCCCCUAAUAAUAUGGUCGGAAUAGACGGGAUUGGAACAAACGGGGUUCUUCUGCUGUCUUUAAAAUGCACCGACUUUUAACCUAUUUCCCUGCUAUCGAAAAUACUCGCCCGACCCAGUUUCAUCGAUCCUGCUUAAGCAAAACGGGUCGGGGGACGCCAACGACACGGUGCACGUUUUCAAUGUUGUUUUGUGGUUUCAUCUUCCCCCUCCCUGGAACCCACGUUUGCAGUCCCUGCGUGUCAUGGGGAUCUCUCUCUCUCUCUCUUUGGACUGUCCACCUCUGCCCAGGCAACUGUGGAGAAAGUCGCGACCCACCCGGCUGCGUUCUGUUGCUCUUCCCAUAGGAGCACACAAGGCUGGGGAAGAAAUUCCUGCGACACAAUAGAGGGAUGCAGGGACCGGCGUUCAAUUGUUCUCGGUACUGUACACCCAGCUGAACCGGGUGGCGGCGGCGGACACAGCCCAGGUUGGGAGCAAGGAAAAGGAGUGGGGGACGACACCCCCCCCCCCGUUUUUUUAAAGGAAGUGGCAAUUCCCGAAGGCGGAAAAAAAUAUUAAAGCCAGUUGCACUGUUUGGCAUCACGGACCGGGAGCAACUUCCAAGGUGGCUGAGAUGCGGGGGCCAGGGGUGUCAAAACUUUGAAGAUUAAUGGAUUACUUUGUUAAUGACUCAAGGCAUCCGAUGGAGGUGCUUAAAUGAUUUGUGAGGUGCAAAGCGCUUGCCUGACAGUCCCAAACAAUGAGAGAGGAGCGUGCGGGAGCAGAAGGGGCAGGAGAAACCCACCGGACAGACGAGCCCGGCAGCCCUUGCCAGCAGCAGCAGCAACAGCAACAACAGCGGCGGCAGAAGCACACAACAACUACCACAAAGCAACCACCAACUCACACUCGCACCCCGAUAUCAUGCCAGAUCAGGAGGCAAGGGGGAGACCGCCAGGCAGAUCGCCGCCGCCUCUCCCCCCCUUUAAAAAAGUGUAAAUAAUGCCUCUCUGGCCCCCAGUGAGGCGUUCCUUCUCGACUUUUUUGGAUCAAUCAAACAGACAGUGGCUUCUUUUGAUUAAAGCCCAAAUUGUCAUUGGGCAGAGGCAAUCAUGUGACAGCCAAUUCGGUCCAAUUUCAACCUUGUCUCCAUGAAUUCAAUAGUUUAAUAGUAGCACGGUCCCCAUACGGCUGUAAUCAGUGAAUUAGAAAAAAAACACCCCACCAGCGAUCUUCUAUGAUAUUUUUUUCCUUCUCUCUUUCUCUCUCCCUCUUCCUUUCCCUCUCUCGUUUUUUUUCCUCCCCCCCCCUUCCUGGGCCUUGCUCCCCCCUCCCCCUCCCAGAAGCGCUAAAUAAGAGGGAACUUUUUCUCCAAGGGGGCUGCGAGUUGAAGGCCAUGAAUUUCGAAUUUGAGCGAGAGAUUGGUUUUAUCAAUAGCCAGCCAUCGCUCGCUGAGUGCCUGACAUCUUUCCCCCCUGUCGGUGAUACAUUUCAAAGUUCAUCAAUCAAGAACUCGACGCUUUCACACUCGACACUGAUUCCUCCUCCUUUUGAGCAGACCAUCCCCAGCCUGAACCCAGGCAGCCACCCUCGCCACAGCAGCAGCGGCCGCCCCAAGCACAGCCCCAAUGGCAGCAGCGGCAGCCCGGUGCCAGCCGGCGCCCUCCAGCCUCCGGAGUACCCCUGGAUGAAGGAGAAAAAAGCCUCCAAGAAAUCUGCCCUGCCGCCGCCUUCUUCGGCCUCCGCCACUGGACCCGCUUGCCUGAGCCACAAAGAGUCUCUUGAAAUCCCUGAUAAUGGCAACGGUGGCUCAAGGAGGCUGAGGGACCUGCUGUAUUACGAACACUGCAGCCUUUUGGUGAGCUAGUGAAUUCCACCUCUGCUGGGGUACCUCUGCAGACCGAGGCGGGUGGAGAUAGCCGCCCUGCUGGACCUGACCGAGAGGCAAGUCAAAGUCUGGUUCCAGAACCGAAGGAUGAAGCACAAGAGGCAGACCCAGUGCAAGGAGAACCAAAACGUGGAUGGGAAAUUCAAAGGCUUGGAGGACUCGGAGAAAGCCGAGGAAGAGGAGGAAGAGGAGGAGGAGGAAGAGGAGGAGGAGAAAUCCCUCUUCGAGCAAGCCCUCAACAAUGUCUCGGGCGCUCUUUUGGAAAGGGAAGGGUACAGCUUUCAGCAGAACGCCCUGGCGCAACAGCAGGCUCCCGCGCUCCACAAUGGAGACUCCCAAAGUUUCCCAGUUUCGCCUUUAACGAGCAAUGAGAAAAAUCUGAAACAUUUUCAGCACCAGUCACCCACUGUUCCCAACUGCCUGUCAACAAUGGCCCAGAACUGUGAGGCCGGCCUGAACAAUGACAGUCCUGAGGCCCUGGAGGUCCCUUCUUUGCAGGACUUCAGCGUUUUCUCCGCAGAUUCCUGCCUGCAGCUCUCCGACGCCGUCUCGCCCAGUUUGCCAGGAUCCCUCGACAGCCCUGUAGAUAUUUCAGCUGACAGCUUUGACUUUUUUACAGACACACUCACCACAAUUGACUUGCAGCAUCUGAAUUACUGAGAAAGGACAGACCUUCCUUCGCCAAGGGUUAUGCUAUCUUUCUUUCCUUUUUUUCCUCUUUUGGAGGGGGGCAGGGAAAAAAAGGGGGGGAAUGGUUCGGUUUAGUUUCUUUCCCUUUUCCUGGUCAGUAUUUUCUUUUGAUUCGUUCCCUUUUUGAUAUAUGAUGUGUCGGAGAGCUAUUUUGCCGUUUUCCUAUGACUAUUUUUUUUUAGUUGUGUUCAAUUUAACCUAGCCACAUUCUAGGUGCUCCUGUGAAAGCAAUAUAUGAGGCCUGAAAGAAAGUGAUCCUCUUGAACUCUAUCUUCACUUUCUUUUUAUUUUUGUAUGACAUUAGGAUGCGUUGUCAUAAGUAUUUUUGGUAGAAUAAAUUCUUGUUUGCUACAA